GUGGAACUGGCGUGCAGCAGCAGCACAACACUCUCACUUCAACACUGCCCACCGAACACUGGCACGCACGCCAUGUUGUUUCUGUUGUCGCCCACGAAGACGCUGACGUAUGGGGAGGAUGGGGAGCGGUUGAAGCAGCUCGGCACGUUCACGGCCCCAGCGAUGCUGGCGUCCACGCGGCUGCUCAUGGAUGUGCUCAAGACAAAAUCGCAGGCAGACAUCAAGGCUCUCAUGAAGCUGAGCAGCAGCCUGGCAGCCCUCAACUAUGACCGAUAUCAGGCGUGGAAGCCGCAGGAUGCGACAGCAAAGCCGGACGACGUGACGCUGAAGCAGGCCGCGUUUGCCUUUGACGGGCCAGCGUUUCGUGGCCUGGACAUUCGGUCGCUCGAUACAAAUGCCAUUGACUAUCUCCAAGAACGCUUGCGCAUCCUCUCCGGUCUCUACGGCAUGCUUCGACCCCUCGACGUCAUCCAACCAUACAGGUUGGAGAUGGGCACAAAGCUGGGCGUGGAAGUGACGUCAACCAAGACACUGUAUGACUUUUGGGAAACGCAAUCACUGACAGCACACCUGCUCAAGACGGCGCCACGAGACGAGAACGGACGACUGAUCGUUGUCAACGUUGCGUCCAACGAAUACUCCAAAGUGGUCAACAGAGAUGCCCUGACCAGCGCUGGUGCGGCUGCUGGGGGUGUGGUGUGGGUGGACUGCGUGUUCAAGCACGACGGCCGCAUCAUCUCCACGUAUGCAAAGCGAGCGCGCGGGCUGAUGGUUCGCCACGCCGGCACGUGCCAGGCCGUGUCACUCGACGACAUUCGUGCGUUCAACUUGGAGGGGUACCGCUACAACGCGGCGCAGAGCAGCGAACACGUGCUCGUGUUCACGCGCACAAACGCCCAGUACCAGCAGGCACUUAGAGAGGCAGAGGCGAACAAAACAGGUGGGGCGACGAAGACGAAGGCUAAGGGUAAUGGUGAUGGAAGGAAUGGGAAGAAGAAGGGGAAGAAGAACGACACGAAUGACAAGGAAGAUGGGGAUGGAGAAGAGGAGAAAGAGGAGAUGGUUUCCACGGUGGGAAGGAAGGCGCCAGCCAAGCAAAGCAAAGCGACAAGGAGGGGUAAGGGUGCAGCCAACCGUAGCAGUGACAACGAUGAUGACGAUGAUGAUGAUGGUACUGCGGCGACGAAGAAGGCAAGGCGGGGCACUGGUGGUGGAGAGACCAAGCAGCCCAGUGCCGGCGUUCGCAGAUCCGCACGCUUACGCAAGUGAACAUGUGUGUGUGUGUGUGUGUGUGCGUCGCGGCUUAACUCGCCAACAGCUUCAGAGGAGAGCUCGUUUGUCAAUUAUAAACUGUUGUUCCUCUGGAACACGAGUGCAGAUAACAUGGCAUCAAACAAGCAAAAGGAC